AUGUCGGCCUCAAAGUCGCGCUGGGCAGAUGACGAUCCAGAGACAGAAGCGAUCAUCGCCCAGCAAAAGCGUGAGAAGGAGGAAAAGCGCCGCGCCAAGGCAGAGAAACAACGCCAGCUAGAAGAGUCCCGCAAAGCUCAGGCGGCAGCAAAACACAAUGACGCGACACCAAACCCCAGUGGAGACAAAGAACCCCCGAUGAAACGGCGGAGACUGUCCAACGAGCCCAUGGACGCAGAAGUCGGGCAAGACCAGGAGAAGGUGAAGAAAGAAACAACAUUGUUGCGGUUCCCCGUACGAGGAUGGGAGACUUGUAGGCAUGUGGAUAAUUUCGAACGAUUGAACCACAUCGAGGAAGGAUCGUAUGGAUGGGUUUCACGCGCCAAGGAUAUCACCACCGGCGAGAUCGUCGCGCUGAAGAAGUUGAAGCUCGAGAGCUCGCCGGACGGGUUCCCUGUGACAGGUCUGCGGGAAAUUCAAACUCUUUUGGAGGCGCGUCAUUCGAAUGUAGUUUACCUCCGGGAGGUGGUGAUGGGGAACAAAAUGGAUGACGUGUUUUUAGUGAUGGAUUUCUUCGAACACGACCUUAAAACCCUGCUCGACGAGAUGCGCGAGCCAUUCCUCCCAUCAGAGAUCAAAACACUUCUUCAGCAGGUCAUGGGCGGCCUCGAAUUCCUCCACUCGCAAUGGAUCAUGCACCGCGACCUGAAAACCUCCAACCUCCUAAUGAACAACCGCGGUGAAAUCAAAAUCGCCGACUUUGGCAUGGCCCGCUACUACGGCGACCCUCCACCGAAGCUUACCCAAUUAGUCGUGACCCUCUGGUACCGAUCUCCAGAGCUGCUACUCGGAGCUGAGAAAUAUGGCCCGGAGAUCGAUAUAUGGAGCAUUGGCUGUAUAUUCGGCGAAAUGCUCACCAAAGAGCCUCUGCUGCAAGGCAAGAACGAAGUCGACCAGGUCACCAAGAUCUUUGCCCUUACCGGCCCACCAAAUUCCACGAUCUGGCCAGGAUUUCGCUCCUUGCCCAAUGCCAAAUCUCUGAAGAUCCCUUCAUCCUCCACAUCGGCGUCCAGCAACCCGCCUCUCCUGCCUCGCUCAAAAUUUCCAUUUCUUACUAAUGCAGGCCUGGGGCUAAUUUCUGAUCUGUUGGCGCUGAAUCCGGCUUCGCGGCCUACGGCGCGAGAGUGUCUUUCGCAUCCCUAUUUCCGUGAAGAUCCUCGACCAAAGCCCAAGGAAAUGUUCCCGACCUUUCCCUCGAAGGCUGGUAUGGAAAAACGAAGGCGCCACCAUACGCCAGAAGCACCAAAGCGCGGACAGGAGGCGCCAGAGCUGGACUUUGCUAGUGCUUUUGGCUGUGCCCCUGGUGAAGAUUCUGGUGUGGCCGGGGCCGGAUUUACACUUCGCCUAGGCUAG